AUGAUGAUCUCCAAGCAAGCCUACACCCUAUCUGUCCUGGUAACUCAAUAUGCCUUCCCGUUAUUUUCCUUGGUUUUCGCCUAUACGCGAAUAGCUCAUCGUAUGAAACUGCGAUUUGCAAAUCGCAAUGUGGCUUGCCCAAGUUCGCUGACUGAUGAUCAGCGCAGGAGAUCUGUCGUCGAACGUCAGCGAAGAACUCAUUUACUGCUCAUGUGUGUCGUAGCCGUAUUUGCUAUCGCAUGGUUGCCUUUGAACGUCUUCCAUAUGGUAAAUACAUUUGAAUGGGUUUCACUCUUCUCCGUCUCAACAUUCGCCGUUUGUCAUGUAGCUGCAAUGUGUUCUGCUUGUUUAAACCCGCUUAUCUAUGCGUUUUUCAAUCACAAUUUCCGGACAGAAUUCAUCGCUCUUUUCGAGAAAGUUGGACUACGGAAGCUAUGCAGUGUCGUGCUUACAUGGGAAGAGGAUCGAACGCGAAAAAAGGGAAUCGAACGAGAAGGGAAAACUGUCGUUUCUAAAACUAAUGGAACAACUCCCUGUCCGCUAAGCCCUCGACAAGAACGACACCUGGAAGAGAGCCUUGCUUUAAACCCAGACACUGACGAACAGCUGUAA